AUGGUUGAAAAAGACUAUAUAGAACCAAAAAAUGUGGAGAAGCUAACAGAAGCUCAGAAGAACGAAUUAGAAAAUAAAAGAAAGAAAUAUCAAUGUGCACUUACUAUCAUUCAUCAAGUUUUGGAUGAUGAUAUGUUUGACAAGAUUGCUGAUAUUAUCAACGCAAAGAAAGUUUGGGAUACUCUUCAAAAUUUUGUCAUAGGAGUUGAAAAGGUGAAGAAGGUUCGUCUUCAAACUCUAAGGGCCGAGUUUGAGUCUCUAAUGAUGAAGGAGACUGAAUCCAUUUCGGAUUAUUUCACCAAAGUUUUUUAUGCCAUUGAGGAGUCCAAAGAUUUGGAUACGAUGUCCAUUGAUCAGCUGAAUGGUUUCUUACGGGUCCAUGAAGAAAGAAUGAAUAAAGGCAAGCAAGAACAUAUAGAGCAUGUCUUGCAGACAUCCAAAGUAGAAGAAAAUAAACUUGUUGUGCACAAUGAAGAUGUUGAAGAACCAACAUUAUUCCUUAUGUUCAAGGAAGAUCAAAAUUCUGAAGAUAGUACGUGGUAUCUUGACAAUGGAACUAGCAACCAUAUGAGAGGUGAUAGGAGUAAAUUUAUAGCACUCGAUACCAACGUAAAAGGACACAUGCGUUUUGGUGAUAAAUCAAAAAUAGAGAUCAAUGGCAAAGGGACGAUUCUAUUCGAGCUAAAGAAUGAUAGUCAUAAGAUUCUUUCUAAUGUUUAUUACAUCCCAAAAAUGAAGAAUAAUAUCUUGAGUAUUGGACAACUUAUGGAGAAUGGUUGCAAAAUAGUCAUGGAAGAUCGCUAUCUUUAG